AUGAGCUCUUCGGAUCAAUCUCCGGUUGCUUUGGAAACGAUAAACCCACCGACGGGAUCUAUCAUCGGUCAGGUUCCGGCAGGUGGUGGUAUGACCAUGAACCUUGCAACGGCAUUGGCGGCAGAUCGUCGGCAACUAAACGUGGGAUCCAGGGAUGGAUUGAAGACGACGAAGCCAUUGAAAUCCAUAGUGAGACUGUUUGAAGGAAUGGACGGCAGCAGGGUUGUUAAGGUAGCGGAGAAUGACGCCGAUGACAACGGCAGCGGCGUGAGAGGGAUUGGUAGCAUGUGCUGCUUGUGCACAGAGAGAAACAAAGGUGCGGCGUUGAUCCCCUGUGGGCACACCUACUGUAGGGUGUGUUCCAGAGCGAUGUGGUCGAAGCAAGGGUCGUGUCCUCUUUGUAACCGUUCGAUUACGGAGAUCCUCGAAAUUUUCUAA